ACCAAACUGGAGAGGUGGUUCCAGUGGGUUUUGAUUUCAAAUUGUACCUCUCAGCAAAAUAGAAAACUUCCCAUCUUUUCGUUCCCCCUAAUCCUAUGGUGGGUGGGUCUUCAUCAAAACCUCAAAUUAUGGGUUUUGGACAUUAUAAUCCGGAGCCAAAGGAGUCCGACUCUAAUGGAUUCCAACGACCCCUUUUUGCUAACUAAUUUCCGCUUCACUCGUCAAACAUAAGCAACACAACUAGAUCAAACAAACUCACCAAUCUAGCUCAAUUUCACUCUUUGUUGGCUAAAACCAGAGUAAGAAGCAAUUAACUCCAAUGGCAGACUUCUCUCUCCCUAAGGAUUCUUAUUUCCUUGGAUUUGACAGUUCUACCCAGUCAUUGAAGGCAACUGUGCUAGACUCCAAUCUCAAUUUUGUUACCUCAGAGCUUGUCCAAUUUGACACUUGUUUGGCUCAUUACAAAACCAAAGAUGGAGUUUACCGAGAUGCCUCGAUUGAUGGUAGAGUUGUUUCUCCCACCCUGAUGUGGGUAGAAGCUCUAGAUCUUGUACUCGAUAAACUUUCGAAAUCACAUUUGGAUUUUGGGAAGAUCACUGCUGUUUCCGGUAGUGGGCAGCAACAUGGUAGUGUCUAUUGGAAGAAUGGGAGUUCCUCAAUCUUGUCAUCAUUGGACUCCAAAGUGCCAUUGGUGGAUCAGCUAAAUGAUGCCUUUUCGGUGAAGGAAUCGCCAAUAUGGAUGGACAGCAGCACCACAGCACAAUGUAAAGAGUUAGAGAAUGCUGUUGGCGGAGCAUUACAGCUAUCCCAACUUACAGGUUCACGCGCGUACGAAAGAUUCACAGGACCACAGAUCAAGAAGAUAUUCGAGGCACAUCCAGAAGUUUAUAACAACACUGAGAGGAUCUCUCUUGUUAGUUCUUUUAUGGCGUCUCUUCUAAUUGGGGGAUAUGCGUGUAUUGAUGAAAGUGAUGGUGCAGGGAUGAACUUGAUGGAUAUAAAGAAAAGGACCUGGUCUAAAGUACUAUUAGAGGCCACUGCCCCUGACCUGGAGGAUAAACUUGGAAAAUUAGCCCCUGCCCAUGCUGUUGCUGGUCACAUUGCUCCCUAUUUCGUGGAGAGAUAUAAAUUCAACAAGGAUUGCUUGGUUAUUCAGUGGUCAGGAGAAAAUCCUAACAGAUUAGCAGGCUUAACCCUAAGUACCCCAGGGGAUCUUGGAUUGAGUCUUGACACGAGUGAUACUGUCUUUGGUAUUACUGAUGAUCCUCAACCUGGAUUAGAAGGACAUGUUUUCCCUAAUCCUGUUGACACGAAAAGCUACAUAGUAAUGUUGUGUUACAAGAAUGGGUCUCCAGCUCGUGAAGGUAUUCGGAACCGCUAUUGCGAAGGUUCUUGGGAUAGAUUCAACACAUAUCUUACAUAUGCCAAGCCCCUAAAUGAUGGAAAGAUGAGUUUCUACUAUACGGAGCAUGAAAUUCUUCCCCCACUUCCAGUUGGAUUUCAUCGCUACAUUCUUGAAAAUUUCACCGGUGACACUUUGGAGGGUGUGACUGUACGUGAAGUGGAGCAGCAGUUUGAUCCAAAAUUUGAUGAGGCUCGAGCAGUAGUAGAGGGCCAGAUCAUGUCUAUGCGAGGUCAUGCAGAAAGAUAUGGAAUGCCUUCUCCUCCAAAACGAUUGAUAGCAACUGGUAGUUCAUCAGUGAAUCGUGCCUUCCUGUACAUUGCAGCGUGUGUAUUUGGAUGCGAGUUGUACACAGUUCGUAGAUAUGAUUCAGUUUCUCUUGGAGCUGCAUUGAGGGCUGUUCAUGGUUGGCUAUGCAGUUCAAAAGGUACUUUUGUGCCCUUCUCGUGCUUACAUGACAAGAAUAAUACGUCUCUCAACUGCAAACUUGAAGCUAUUUCAGACAUAAAUUUGGUUGACAAGUAUGCGUUGAUGGUGAAGAAGAGACUUGAAAUAGAGAACUGCCUCGUUGAAAAACUCGGAUGCAUGUAAAAUUUCAGUUGGCAUGUGGUGUAUUCAGUGUGACAAUGGGAUGCUUCAGAGUUCAGAUCUCUUGGUGUAAUGCAUCGACGACACUAAUUUCAUUGCCCUCUUCUAGGUUUGAGUCUUUGAGAAGAGAGAAAAAAGCUCGAGAGUGAGAAUGGGAAAUUGAUUCUGCAGCUGAUGGGAGGGAUUAGCUAGGUUUAGUUACAUAAGUCUGAGUUUAAUCAAUAAGACCUCCACACAUAUUAAAAGAAACUAUAUAAAACAUAACUCACUAUAAUUUGGGUUGGUCGGUAUCAAAUAUGGUUUAUGAGUUGCACCCGAAUCCAAAAUGUAUUAAAGCGGUUCUUGAUCCUGGACUCUAUUUCUUACUGAAGCUGUGUCUGAUUCUUCUCUUCGCUUCUGCAUUCAACCAUCUCAUGCUUCUCCAAGGUGAAACUCUAGAUCUGUGAUUUGAGCUUCAUAAUUUCUGCAGUUCAAGCUCUGGAGGUUCAGUUCUAGCUUCUUCAAUAUUCUGUGCACUACUGUUGAGCUCAAUUCUUUCUCAGGUUAAUUGAUCGAUUCACUUUAUGUACAAAUUUGCUCGAGUACUGUAGCUGUUUCUCUUGCUCAUGUUCAUCUAGAGCUGUGAUUUGUGAAGAAGGAUGAUGAAUUGACUCAUAUCUUGCUGAAUUUUUUGAAGAUAAUCAUUGCUUCAUAACUGUGGAUGAUAUUGAUAUCUGUGUGCUGGACAAGCCAUCAAAAGCUGUACGUACUGUACAAAGAAAAGAGUAAUGAGCAAAAUACAUAGGUUGCCUUUUACUGAGUCUAUGUUUAAGUCUGUAAUUUUUCAUUAAGAUGUUUGGGGUCUUGCUCCAUGUCUUCAAUUGAGGUUUUCCAGUACUAUGUAAACUUAUAGAUGAUUGUACCAAAUUUAUCCACUUAUCAAUAAAUCUGA